AAACUCGUCAUUUGUUUUCUUUAAGUUUAAGUCAUUCCCAAGAUUUACAUUACAACCACUGUUUGUUGGAGAAAAGUUUCACAAAAUGAAUUUCAUCAUAAUUUUACUUGUAAUAAGUGCUUUACUAUUUCAAUACAUUCAAGCCAUUGCAAUCAGAAUGAGUUCAGACGAUUUGUUGAUUAAAGCCCAUAUAACUCAUAAGGAAUCAAACAAUACUUGGUACUUGGCUGAAACAGUUUAUUUCAAUCCCUUUAUUAAUGGAGUGGUCAAGAUACAAAAAGGUGACACCGAGAUGCAAGUUCAUUACAACCUCAACACUUCAAAAAGGAUCGUUUUCCUCGAUAAUCGUGCCAUGGAAAUGGAAAGUAUUCGUGAUUUUACUUGGGAUGGAGUACAAUUACCUAAAUCAACAAUCAGAUUGAUCAAUAAGCUGUUGAUUUUGGGUCCGGUUAGUUGCUAUUCAUUUCUCUUAGAUCACAGCUAUAAAGAUUACGAAGGCGUAAGAUCGCUCGAAUUUGUGAGCAACAAUUAUAAUGAGUUAUUAUUGUGGGUCUACAAAUUCUCAGAAAAUAAAAUUAUUACUCCUUGGGUUGCCUUAAGUGAAUUGGAGUACAUUAUUAUUGCUAAUUUAAGCAAUGGUGAUGCGGAUGUGAUUACCAUGCAAAUUGAAAAAUUUGUCAUUUUAGACAGUAUAGCAAUAGAAACUGGGCAACAGUUUUAUGUUGGAUUUAAUGAAACUCUAACGGAUCAUAUUCAUCAGUCGACAGUUGAUAUUCAGUUUAAUUCAACUAAAGAUACUGUGAUACCGAUUUCAUGGAUGAAACAUGCAAGACAAGGAAUCAACUAUGAACAAGUAGAUGAAUUGGGAUCUGAUUCAAGGUUUACUUCAAAAACCAAUGGAUGUGCAAUUCAAUCAAGCAAUCGAAAUGAAUCAUUCAAUUUUGUAAGCUUAAGCUUGCAAGAGUUUUUCGGGAUAGCCUGGACUUUUAGAUACACAAAAGAAAUUUUAUUCCCAAUCAAAUAUCAACACAGAAAUGAGUUAAUCAUGGAUAAAAUCGAUUUUGAUAAAAAAAUUGGAAAAUUUUCAUAUGAUUUAGUGAUCACAGCUCUUAGAGUGGCUAGAAUGCCAGGAAAUAUCUCAUCAGACGUGAUCUUACAAAAUCUCCAAAUUGAGCGUAAAUUUUAUAACAAGGAAAAUAAAUCUCCAUUGGAAUAUCGAUUGGUAAAAACUCAAAAAACCUUCUUUUCUGGUUACACCAAAUUGAAUUAUGAGCCUGGACAUCAAGCUUACGCUCUCAAUAACAAUGGUUUUCAGGAUGCAAAAAUGGAUGUUUUAGCACUUUUAUUAUCACCUUCUAAAGAUGCGAAAUUUGAUAUUUUAAAACUUCAAUUAUCACCUUCAACUCCAGAAAAAUUGUCUACAAUGGAAACUUUUACUUUGUUUGAAAAACUCGAUGAAUUGGGUGAAAAUCUUAAGGAGUUAAUAUGUUUUAAGCUUGGAAUAUCUAAUCUGAGGAUAAAAUUGGUUCAAUUGCAGUUUGACGGCACCUAUCUAUUAGCCUCUGUCGUAAUUAUGGAAAGAUCAAAUAUCGUUGAUUUACUGAGGCAUCGAAAGCUUGAUCUAUCAGAAUUAGUGAAUCUUCUUUACUCAGAUAUUGAAACUUGCUUGAAACUUGAAGCCAUGAAACUCAAUUUCAGUAAAAUUAUCAGCUGUAACGACAUUAGCCAUGGAUGCAUUGGAAUAACUCUUGACCAACCUUUGCCUGAUGAAAAUGAAAAUGGCUCGAACUGUGUUAUAUACAACAAUUUGGAUAAAUCAUUGUAUAAACUUGUUCAAGAGCCACCAUUAAGAGAGCUGAAAAUGUCAUACAAGCAUCUGAAUGAGACGAAGCUUUUCAGUGUGAAACUCAGCUUUGACCUGCAUGUGAUUGAUCCAUCGCAAAAUUAUAACCAUUCAUCAAUUGCUACUGAUUCGUUAAACGAGAAAGUUGUUAGUAAAAAUUAUUUUGGCCACUAUGUAUUUCGCAUACUAAUUGUCGCCGCCAUUUGUGCAGUCAUUGGAUUUACUUCAAUUUUGGGCAAAUUAUAUCGACGAAACGUUCAAAUCAGCUCAUCUCCGUCAAUCGCACUAUUAAUUUUCAAAGACUAAGCAUUUCAUUCUUUUGACCAAAAUAGAUUUUUAAGAAGAUUAGAAAACUUUCGUUUAUUUGACUGUCCAUUUCAAAAUCUGGUUUCAUCAUUUCAAACAAUAGGUUUUGAUAGUAACAUCAUCAGUGUAAAUUGGAACCUUAAAAUACUUAUUCACAUCUCGAGACUUUAAUUGUUAACAAAUUUAAAUGAAAGUAUUAAAAAUUGCUU